AAACAGCUCGGCGGCCUCGCCUCGCGCCCAGCCCGUCGGUCGGUCCGCCGCCAGCGCCCGUGCGUCUGUCUCUCCGGGCUGUGAAGUCAACCCCUUGCCCGCCAAGCCUAGUAAAAAUGUUGGUGCUUCUGGCUUUCAUCAUCAUCUUCCACAUCACCUCUGCCGCGCUGCUUUUCAUAGCCACCAUCGACAGCGCCUGGUGGGUAGGAGACCAGUUUUAUGCAGAUGUCUGGAGGAUCUGCUUAAAUGCCACCAACUGCACAGAAGUCAACGACAGCAUGCACGGUUACACCACGCUGCAGGCGGUCCAGGCCACCAUGAUCCUGUCCACUAUUCUCUGCUGCAUCGCCUUCUUCAUCUUUGUGCUCCAGCUCUUCCGCCUCAAGCAGGGAGAGAGAUUUGUUUUAACUUCCAUCAUCCAGCUCAUGUCAUGCCUGAGCGUCAUGAUCGCAGCGUCCAUUUACACAGACCAGCGCGAGGACAUUCACAACAAAAACCCUGGCCUCUACCGCGACAUCCAGGAGGGCAGCUACGGCUACUCCUUCAUCCUUGCCUGGGUGGCCUUCGCCUUCACCUUCAUCAGCGGCCUCAUGUACCUGAUACUGAGGAAGCGCAAAUAGAACCCGGAGCUCCCGCUGCAGUCCAGAAUCCACAUCCAGAUAACCGUUUUGUAUAUAAUCAUGUUGUGUGUGUGUGUGGUUUUUCUAGCAAACAUAUUGUUUCCUUUAAAAGCCAAAAAAAAAAAAAAGAGGAGUUUUUGUGUCCUUGAGACCAGGCCAAGCCCGCCAAGGCCGGCGUCCAGCCCCCCACAUCUGCAGGCCUCGGCCAGCACAGGCCACAGCCAGGAGGCUCAGACCCCAACUUGCUCAGCGGGAAUUUGUUAACCACGGGAUGUGAUGGACAUCACUAGAGGCUGGGAAAGCCGGGGACAGUCCUCCAGGUUUGGGCCACUCCAGCACCCCUCACCUGAGUUUUCCUUUCUGAGUCUGUGUCUGUGGUGGAAGGCGUGAGGUGGGCCAGGUGUGAGGUGGGCCAGGUGAGGGAUGAAGCCUCAGGUGUUUAGCCAACUUCCAUUGAGAAAGAGGUAGCGCCCUGCGUCCUGUUACCCCCAGCCCCGCCCCCAUGAUGGCCUGGCUCCAGAGAGGCCCCCCAGAUUUGCUAACAGUACCGCUAGCUUCUUUGGGAAGCUGUCUUGAAGGUGAGGGAUCCUGUCAUGAGCCCUAGAGCCCUUUGCGAAGUACAGACAACACGGGUCCCUGCCCUCGGCUCGGCAAGGGGCCUCGGCACCUGCGCCCCAUGCUCUAGGUGGAGGAGCACAUCCCAGUGGCGGUGAGCAGGGCUGCCUCCUGCUUGCUAGAGCUCUCGCCACGUAGAGACGGGGAGGUGGUCUAGACCCCAGUGGAAGCCCAGUCUUGGCUUCUGCCGCUCUUGAUUCUUCCUGCCUCUUGCACAGCUGCUCCCAUCUGGACCACCCAAGCACCAGCCCCAACCCCAGCCAUGCACCCUGACAGCCAGACGCCUGGGGGUGCAGGGCCGGGGCCCUCUGUGCUCCGUGCUUUGGGCCGUCCUGUCUCCUGCCCUGCCCCCUAAGGCUGGCCUCUCACACACGUGUCCGUCAGCGUAAAUUACAGGGUGCUUGUGUAACAGGCACAGGGAGGGUCCUCAUGGGAUCCUCGUCUGGUGGAGGAGCUAGAUUACAAGCCAGUUAGGAAAGCUCAUUCCAAGCAGAGAUGAGGGCUUUGAGCCCCACUGAGGACGGGCAAGGUGCUGGGGCGGGAGGGAGCUGGAGGCGUUAGCUGGGCCGGUUUGGCUCGGCUGGUGGAAGUGGCGUCUCUGUCUCACCCAGCGACCCUCUACUCCCAGGGAGGGUCGCAGGGGCCUGCAGCCAAGGCGGCAGGGAGAGAAAGGCGGGCUGUGGUGGUUCUCAAAUGUUAGUGGAUACAAGGACUCUCUGGGGAGUCUUACCAGGAUCUGGGGAACCAGUACUCUGCGCCUUGGCAGCUGCGCUGGGAAACUCAGCUUGGGGGGUUUGUCUUCAGUGUAAAAGCAUCGGGAGGUGGGAGGCAUGUGAGUGUGUGUGGUCUGCGAAGUACCCUCCCUCCGGAAGGAGCUCUUUGCGCCCUGCUGCUUCUCCCGCUUGUGCUUUGGGGGGUGUCCCUGGGCCGUGUGGGUCCCGUUCACAUGGCUCAGCCCAGGGCAUCUGCGUUGCCCUUGAUCUGCUGAGUGGAGCGAUGAUUCGCCAUCAGCCCAGAUCCAGUGAAAUUGGGGAGGUGACGAGUUUUUUAGGAUCGUGCUUGCACACACUCCUUUUUCUUUGUAUCUGCUCAUUCACUCUUUCGUUCACACAUCCAUUCAUUGUUCCUUUGUUUCCAACAGAAUAGUAAAUGCUUACUAUGUCCAGGCACUGUGUGAGGCUCUGAAGACAGGGACAAGUCAAUCAAGCCCGUCGUCCUCCCCCAAAAGGGGCCAUGUCCCGGUGGGGGGCCGCCAGCAUGGUGCAGGAGCCGUUGGGCCAAGGCAGAACAAACCCCAGCUCCUGUCCCGAGGCAGCGACUGGAGGCUGUUGUCAGAGAUGUAAUCCCUAUGCCCCACCCUCACCCCACCCCGCUCCCUACCAUGAGGUCUGCAGAGUGUUCCAUGAGACUAGUGGAGGGAGAGGAGGUUCUAGGUCUCCUGCAUUUUCUAUGGAGGUUGAUUUUGGUAAUUUUCUGGUUAGCACAAGGGGAAAAGAACCUUCCAGAAAUAGCAAUCCUGAAAACCAAUCCCCAAGCAAUGCAUGAAUUUCCUGCCCCUGCCAAACUUUAAGGGGUGUGUGAAUUUCUGAACUGACCCCAUGGGUUUUCCUGGCUGGCUGCUACUCCUGUGUGGCAUCAACACCCACGUGCGUCCGUGAGGUCCAGUUCUUGAGUAGUGGAAGACACAUUUCCCUGGGCUGACACACGUGGAGUGGGAGUGAGGUGAGGUAUGGACACAGUGUCUAACCUUAUUCAUAGGUAGACUCAGCCUUCGCGUGGUGCUUAAGUUAUUCAAGAACAACAAAGAAAAUUCGCUGAGAAGCAAAUAUUAGGACCAAAUAUAUCACUGGUGACAAUUGUAUUUGAAGGAACUGUAGUUUGCUCAUUUUAGGCCAUUUUUAUAAAGUACUGUAAUUCUUUUAUUGAGGGGUUAUGGAUGGAGACAAACUAACUCAUUUUGUUAUUUGCAUUAAAAUUACUUUGGGUCUCUGUCAAAUGAGUCUGGAGAAUGCUUGACGCGCGGUUCUGUCCCCAGACAUGGGCGGUGGAAAGCUGAGGGCGCCCACCCCACGCGCUCUGCUGCGUGACCGUCCGUGUGACUGACGGGCUGAAGUCCUAGGGUGCUCUGAUGAGCUGAUGAGGCAGGAAUCUGGACCCCCAAGUCUGGCUAGAAGCUCACUAGACACAGUACAGCAUCACUUAGAAUCUGCCUGGGUGGGGAAUGACCAAACUGGCUACUGAUCGGAAAGUUCCAACACAGCAAGUUGGAUAAUUCAGUGGGGAGGGGGCAGCAGUAAUGGGACAGUGUGUGGGAAAAUCCUCGACAGUAAGGUGAAAUAGUGGGUUGGGGACACUGUGACUUGGGAAUACUUAGACACUUUCUACUUAAUGUACCGCUAAGAGAGUCCAUUUUCUAUGUUUUGUAUAAUCUGAAACUGUACACAAAAAUAAAGGUUAAAACCAAAUUGCUCGGAGCAACAGACUAAUGUUCAUAGCCUGCAAACGUCUAGGGAAAAUACUGUCAUUUCAGGUGGCAGAGAGCACUGACUCAUCAGGACGAUGAUCGGAGGUUUUGCAGAGACUAACUGAUGUCUCAACAUCUGUCAUGGGCAAUCUGCUGAGUCUUUUUU